AUGGCUGCCCAUGAUGUGCACCCCGCCCAAGUUACAUUGUUUGUCUCUAGAACCGCGGAGCUAAGAGAGCUUCGUGAGAAACCUUGGAUCCAGCUGCAGUUCCUUACUUGUACUAGUCAUUGUGGGAGUUUUGGACUUGUCACAUUCGUCCUUUGCAAGUACAUGGCCGCAGUAAGAUGUAUUCUACUUUUCAGACCAACUUUAAAUUCCCUUAAUUCCUUGCAUAACGAUUAUCUCUUUUUUACACCAUGGAGGACGAAUUCAAACCAUAGUCUCUCCUUAGACCGGUUUACUGCUAUGACUCAGACAGUUAUUACUCCUCAGGCUGGAGGUUUCGACGCUCGAGUCAAUUCCGUUUUAACAACUGAACCACUGAAACGAGUUACCCUUGAACUGCGAACAAAUGAAGGCGUUAUAAAAGCCAAUAUUGAUGCUAGCUCAAUCGGCACAUCAGUUUGGGAGAGAUUGAAUGGUCUUUGUCCUGAAUCUCUCGUCCGUAUCACCAAUUAUUCCUCUCCCAGUGCCGAAGCCGAGCCCAAAAAAAGUGUGGUGAAUGGCAAAAGCCACAUCGACAAAGCCACCCCUGAGAUCAAUGUGACCAACUUGACAAUAAUUGCAGAGGCGUGUCCGGAUCUGCCCUCAUUCAAUAGAAAUGAGCUUGACCUUGCACGAAGACUCGAUAAUCGCCUUUUAGACCUGCGGAAUGCGGGAAGCGGAGCCAUUUUAAAGCUUCAUUCAGGAAUGUGUCAGUUGAUUGUCGAGUUUCUUGGCUCAAACGGUUUUCACUGGAUUCAUUCGCCGCGUAUCAUCAGCCAUACAGUUGCAGGAGACAAAGAAUACUUCCACCUGCCUUAUUUUGGAGGUGAUGCGUGGUUAGCACAGAACGCACAGUAUCAGAAUCAAAUGGUUCUUUCCACGGAUAUGGAACGUGUUUUCGAUAUUGGCCCUGCUUUCCGGGCUGAGGUGAAGUCUCGUACGUCAGGGAGGCAUCUGACCGAGUUUACUUUGCUAGGUACGGCUAUGGUCCUGGAGGAAAACUACUAUGAAGUGAUGGAUUUGAUGGACUCAAUGAUUGUCUUUGUCCUCAAGGGCCUUCAAGAACGCAAAAAAUAUCGGGAUCUUAUCGAAAUUGUUCAGAAUCACUAUCCCACUGCACAGGACUUUCGUAUCGGUCUGGAUGAACAGGGAAAGAUUCCUCGGAUCUCAUUUAAGGAGGCAAAGCGAAUGCUUCGGGAUGAGCUCGGCUUCAAGACAGAGGACACAGAUGACUUAAGUGAAGAGGAGGAAGCGGCCCUGGGCCGGCAUUUCCGCGAAUCUCCUUACCUCGGUCAAACUGACAUCUUUACAAUUGAUCAAUACCCGGCAUUUUGCCGCCCUUUUAAUACACAUCCAAGUCCGGAUGCUCCAGGAUUCACUAACUCAUGGGAUACCAUUGUGCGAGGUCGUGAGAUCUGCUCAGGCAGUCAGCGCAUUCACAAAUACGAGGCGGUCUGCAAGGCUAUGGCUUCCCGGAAUAUGGACCCAGAUGGCAAGGAGUGGGAGCAUUAUGUCGGGGCGUUUAAGUCUGGUAUGCCACCUCAUGGUGGUCUGGGUUUGGGUGUCAAUCGGCUGCUGCAGGGUUUCCUUGGGCUGGACGACGUCCGUGAGACUACCUUGUUCCCAAGAGAUGUACAUAGAACCGCCCCAUAA